UAGUAGGAGCUCUACCUACACACAGGAGGAGAGGGGCAUGUGCUAACCGGGACCGGGGCGCCCCUUCGUGACUCCGGGAAGAUUGCAGAAGCUCUGCGCAGGACGGGGGAAAGAUCAAGGGACUUUCUGCUGCUCAUGCUGGGGGUGAAUCCGGGAUCCUGAUCUCCCCGAGGCGCUGCCCCUUCUGCACGCAGGACGUUCCGCACAAACUGAGAUGAAGCAGCGGAAAGUUGGGCAAGAUCCUACAGACAGGGAGUAACGAUCACCAGCCCGCGGCCGGUCCCGCGUUCGUUCCCGUCCGUUCAGCAGGUUGGAGCCUCCGGUUUCGUUCCCUUGUGGGGUUUUCUGUCGGCGGGUGCUGUGCAUGGAGAUUCACUGACCGGAGUCCGGAUAUGGGAGGCUGCAUUGGAAGAUCCCAGGGAGAGAGUCCGAGAACUCAGCCCAGGGCCGCAGGGCAGCACCGCAAGAGAACAGUUCGCAAUGAGCCAUUGAAAAAGGAGAGGCCAAGAUGGAAAAGCGACUACCCAAUGACCGAUGGGCAAUUGCGCAGCAAGCGGGAUGAGUUUUGGGACACGGCACCGGCAUUUGAGGGGCGCAAGGAGAUCUGGGAUGCUCUAAAGGCUGCGGCGUACGCGGUGGAAGCCAACGAUCACGAGCUGGCACAGGCCAUCGUAGAUGGUGCAAGCAUUACAUUACCUCAUGGAUCGCUGACAGAAUGCUAUGAUGAACUGGGAACUCGGUACCAACUGCCUGUAUAUUGCCUUGCUCCUCCUGUCAACCUUAUCACGGAAAGGAGUGAAGAAGACGGAGCAGACGCUCCAGAUCCAGCUCCUAAUGCCAGAAGGGAGUUCCAACUCAAAGUUCGCCUUUCCACCGGAAAUGAUGUUAAACUGAAUGCAAGUAUGGUAGACACCAUUGGCCAGCUGAAGAAGCAGUUGCAUGCAGUAGAGGGCAUCGAGCCUUGCUCGCAGCGCUGGUUCUUUUCUGGAAAACUUCUCACAGACCGAAUGAAGCUACAAGAAACGAAGAUCCAGAGAGACUUUGUGAUCCAAGUUAUUGUCAAUCAACCAAUAGAGACAAAGAACUGAAUAAAGGGACAAACGAUGCAGUGAGAUAGAAACGUCUACUGAAGUCUUAGUAUGUUGUUGAGAAGGUCCCAGAAAGGCUGGCUGCUAAAUUUUAAUCAAUUUCCUUUCUUGGU